AUGGGCUCUGCUUAUGCACCUACUGAUGCAAAAACUGGUCAACAACUGGGCUUCGUGCUGCGACAGCAGGACUCGGAGUCGCUGGACGGUUGCAUUCAGAGUACGUUAUCAGCACUCUACCCUCCGUUUGAGGCUACCGCAGCCACUGUUCUGUGCCAAGUUUUUGAUGUGGCGGAGAAGACGUACCGUGGGGAUGGACUGCGCUACCUCAUAGACUUCCUGAUUCCAGCCAAGCACAUCCUGCAGUGCAUUCAGACGGAUUUUUAGGAUGCCUGUGUUCAGUACUGUGGCUUGCUGUUUCGCCACGAGGGCUGGCCCCUGUGUAUUCAUGAGAAGAUUGUAGUCCAGCUGGCUUCCAUUGACUGGCGAAUCUUAAAGCCUGGUGACUUCUACCUGCAGGUGGUCCCCUAUCUGAAGAAGUCUCCACGAAUUGUAUUGAAAUGUUUGGCAAAAGACAAGCAUAAUGUAGAGGAAGUCGUGAUUCCAGAAGUUUCCUAUACCUCUAUUUUUACUCUGGAAUGGUUGAGUACUAUCAAUGGAGAGCGGAUGGGUAUAGCACUGGAAAAUUGUUUACUAACCACUGAUGAUAAAAUAUUUCGUGUCCCCUGGGAUAAAGUGGUUAAUCCUGAAUUUAUAAAUAAACCAAAAAUAAUUGAAAACAGUAUCAUCUCUCCAGAAAUAACAAAGGAACCUUCAAUUUUGUACCUCCCCAUGGACCAUGCUGAGUGCAGUUCACCAGACCUAGGAUCUCAGUAUCUACAGGAACAAAGUUCAAAUCGAGACAACCUGGUCAUUAACAGCACAGCUCCGCAGUUGAGUGAAGCUCUUGUCAAUGGUGUGUGUACAAGUCCUGUGCCUCAAGACAACUUGAAAAGUGACCUUGAAGGGGAGUACGUUGAGCUUACAGAAGUUUCGCUCCCCCGGUUUGGGCCACAAACGGACUCUUUAACCCAAUCGCUAGCUUUAAGUUAUCUAACUCAGCCCAGAGCACGAGUGAAUGCGUCUAAAGGCAAGCACAGGUUUAUUGUCAUUCAAGACAGUACCUACUCCAAGAACUUAAUUCAGUCGGCACUUAUGCAGAAGGAGCACUGUCAAAUGGACACUUUGAGGACUUCUUCACCAGAAGUUCUCAAAAAUGUAAUUCCAUUGGAAAGCAACAAAAUGAUGGCACGUGGAGAACUGUCUCCAGAAGGUACCAGAGAUAAAUCGGGACGUGCAGUGGCCAUAAUAACAACAAGGAACACAGCCUGGUUAAACCCCCACUGCAACACCACUGAGCUUGUACGCCUUCUUCUCUACUUGCAUAGCAUCCCAAGACCAGAAUGUCAGGCUUUGGGUCUAACUGUUCUUGUGGAUGCUCGUCGCUGUUCACCAGUUCCUGCUCUCUUCAAGGCAUUCAGCAUAUUGCAGGACAUGGAUCCUCAUUGCAUUCAUGGAGUACUGCUACUGGUUGAAAGAGAUCUGACUUUUCGGAUGGAGAAGCCACCGGCAGGACAGUUUGAACUCCUCACCUCCAUGAAAUCCCUCCAUAAGCACAUAGACAGCUCACAGCUGCCUCUAGAACUGGAUGGGACCUUCCCUUACUGCCACCGGGACUGGUUAAGCUUCCGCAUGAAACUGGAACAUUUGCUACAAGGAUGCCAGGGUGCAUGUGCCUUCCUCCAGGGAGCCAUUCAUAAAGUGGAAUCUGGAAAAUUACCUGAAAGAGCUGAGGAGGCAGCUGUGCUGCUGAGGAAUUACAGGCAGUUGAUGAAGAAUGUUCUUGAAGAUGCACGGCUGGUCAGACUGCAGCUGGAGGGUGGAGCGCUCCUGGCCAGGCUGAGGAAGGAGGAGUCUUGUGUCACCCUCACCCACGACUACAGAGACGCACUUGAUGCUGCCAGCGUGCUUUAUAAUCGAGUGGAUGAGGGUGUUCACCGACUGGUGAUGCUGUCGAACAAACGCAUCCAGGAACUGGAGCUGGUGAUGGAGUUCGAGAAAGUGGAAGAAUGUUUUAAGGAGGUCAGCAGUUGGAUUGAGAAUGUUGGCAGAAAACGGCUAAAGGAAACGGUCAACCUGGAUGAUUCUUUGGAGAUGCUGCUUCAAGCACAGAAGCAGUUCAGGGAGUUUGACCUUGUUGCCAGUGAAUAUUGCAGAAGGGGACAGGAAGCACUAAAGAAGAUGGAUCGAUGGGAAGACUUCUCCUCUGUGGAUGUGCAUUCUUACAGGGUAAAGCUGGAGACCUACAGAGAUCAACUGGAGGAGUUCUGCACUCAACUGGAUGAAAACAGGCACCGCAUCUGUGAGACAGUCAGGCUGUAUGAAUUCUUUGACAAGGCAUACGAGUGGGCAUUGGAAGGGAUGCGACACCUUGCCUGCAUCAGCAUGGAGGACUGCAGCUCCGCCGAACACUGUGCAGGUGUGAUCAAGUGCCUGGAGAGUUACAAGGGGCAGCACCCAGACAUCAGCGAUGCCCGGUUCCAGGAGAUGAAGGAGCUGGCCUGUGAGCUGAAAAGUGACAAGGGACUCAAGCAGUGGAAAUUUGCAUGGUCCAAAUGCCAGGAGACCAAGCUGGUUUUUGAAAAGAAACUCGAAGCAGCCUUGAGAACGAGGAGGUCUCUGCUGUCAGACCGCAAACCAGCUGCAGGGGAGCAGCCCCGGGCUGGCAGCGAGGCUGGCAGCCUGUCCCACCGCAGGCACUCCGAGGGGGCCACCUCCGGGUCCCCCUGGGACAGGACUUACAGCGCGUCCCACUGCUACAACAGGCCCAACUGCUCUCCGGGGUGGACUAAGGAGAAAAAUCCCUCGCCCUCCCUGAGCUGCCCUGGUGAUGUCAGAGCUGGGGAAGAAUUUGCCUGCCAAGCUGCUCUCAGCCCUGGUCCUCACUCGAGCAGAGUUUCUUUUGCCAGCGGCGCCUCCAAAUCUCCAAAGCUGCCUGAAGAAAAACCAAACCUGGACAGCAUAUUAGAAACCCUGGAGGUGAAACCAUCCUGCACAUCCACUCCAGCCUCUGGGAAGCUGCCUCCCAGGAGGAUGCUCCGGAAGGCCCAGAGCUUUGACCUCCCGUGCGGUGAGAGCCUGUGGUCAGGCUGCCAGAGGACGCUGAGCGAGCCGGCUAGAUACGGCAACACCGGCGUCUUUAUUAAAGGGCUGGAGGUGAGCAGCACCGAGCUGGUGGACAGGACUUUCGCUCUGCGGCAGCAAGCCGCUCACAGCUGGGCUGCGGACUGCCUGCUGGAGGGACAGAGGGGCUGCCUCUCCGUGUCAGAAGCCAAGAGCUGGGGCAGCAAGCUGCGGCACAUCAUUGAUGAGAUGGUAACCACAGAGCGGGAAUAUGUGAGGUCGCUUUGCUACAUCAUCGAUAGCUACUUCCCUGAGAUGGAGCGCCUCGACCUCCCCCAGGACCUGCGUGGGAAGCGCAGCGUCAUUUUUGGGAACCUGGAGAAACUCUACGACUUCCACAGCCAGUACUUCUUGCGAGAGCUCGAGAGCUGCUGCAACCACCCACUGCGGGUCAGCCACUGCUUCCUCCGACACAAAGACCAGUUUGGGAUGUAUGCAUUGUAUAGCAAGAACAAGCCGAAGUCGGACUCGCUGCUGGCCAGCCAUGGGAAUACCUUCUUCAAGUUCAAGCAGGUGCAGCUUGGAGAUAAGAUGGACCUGGCCUCCUACCUGCUGAAACCCAUCCAGCGGAUGAGCAAAUACGCGCUGCUCCUGAAGGACCUGAUCAAGGAGUGCAGUGAGGCACAAGAGCAGGAGCUGGGCUACCUCCGUGCAGCUGAGGAGAUGGUGAAGUUUCAGCUCCGGCAUGGAAAUGACCUGCUGGCCAUGGAUGCCAUCCGCGACUGUGACGUGAACCUGAAGGAGCAGGGGCAGCUGGUGCGGCAGGACGAGUUCACCAUCUGGCUGGGCCGUAGGAAGUGCCAGCGACAUGUCUUCCUCUUUGAGGACCUGAUCCUGUUCAGCAAGCCCAAGAGGAUCGAGGGUGGCUUUGAUGUGUAUAUCUACAAGCGCUCCUUCAAGACUGCAGACAUCGGUCUGACGGAGAACUCUGGAGACAGCGGCUUACGCUUUGAGAUCUGGUUCCGAAGGCGAAAGUCCAGCGACACCUACAUCCUCCAGGCCAGUUCAGCUGAGACUAAGCAGGCCUGGACCAGUGACAUUGCCAAGAUCCUGUGGCAGCAGGCAGCCCGCAAUAAAGAAAUCCGAAUGCAGGAGAUGGUCUCCAUGGGUGUGGGCAACAAGCCGUUCCUGGAUAUCAAACCCAGCGAGGCAGCUAUCAAUGACCGUGCUAUUGAUUACAUCAUGAAAGGCCGAGGUGCCAGGACCAGAGCAUCAAUUGCCGUGUCUCUGUUUGACCAUUCCAACCCGUACAAGAGGACACAGGCGCAGCUCUCCGCUGGCAGCACCCCCUCUGCGUACACCCCUUCCUCCUCCUCCCUGCUGGGGCCCCUCAACCUCCACAUGUACCUGGACCAGGCUCUGCUGCCGGGCGUCCUGGCCCCCAGCCGCCCCUUUGACAUCGGCACCUGCAUCGAGGAGGACGAGCUGGAGCACGAGACGAGCAGCCAGCCCUCGCUGACAACAGAGAGCUCAGAAUCAUCGCACUGCAUGUCAGGCAGCGGCUCCAGCGGCUCCGACAGUGGCUGUGUCUCCAGCAUCCCACAAGAAAGCUUCUGUGAAGACAUGGGCUCGCCCCCCUACGUGCCCCUCGGCUCGCAACACAGCUCUGCAGUGGAGGAGAAACCCAGGUUCACCAACAGCCAGUACAUUUCUGCAAAAGCAGGCCAGGUCACCAUAAGUCCCUCGACAAUAGUAGGAUUCCUCGUCUGCGAGGGAAUCGCUGUUGGCCUGAGGAGGGAGCGAGCCCUGGCAGGACACCCGGCCAAGCAGGGCUGCCUGCGUGACCGAGCCGAGGGCUGGGAAUGCGAGAGGGGCAGGGUUGGGCCUUUGGUGGCCAAGGUGCGGGCUGGUUUGAUUGCCAUUUCAAACUCUCUGAAGACCCCAGGCCUCUGA